AUGUUUUCCAAGCUAAUCCGCUCCCAGAGCCUUGCUGCUCUCUGCAGAGGUGUUCAUACUUCACUGAACUCUGCUACCUCAGUUGCUACCAAAAAAACUAUUCAAGGACCUCCAUCUUCUGAUUACAUCUUCGAGCGUGAGGCGAAAUAUGGUGCCCACAAUUAUCACCCACUGCCUGUUGCUCUGGAGAGGGGAAAAGGUGUUUAUGUGUGGGAUGUCGAAGGCAGAAAGUAUUUUGACUUUCUAAGUGCUUACAGUGCUGUUAAUCAAGGCCACUGUCACCCAAAGAUUGUGAACGCUCUGAAAGCUCAAUCUGAAAAACUGACCCUUACAUCUAGAGCGUUCUAUAACGAUGUGCUUGGUGAAUAUGAGGAGUUUGUCACCAAAAUGUUCAACUAUAACAAAGUUCUUCCAAUGAACACAGGAGUGGAAGCUGGAGAAACCGCCUGUAAGUUGGCUCGCAAGUGGGCAUACACUGUGAAAGGAGUUCCAAAAUACAAAGCAAAGAUUAUUUUUGCAGCUGGCAACUUCUGGGGCAGAACAAUGUCUGCUAUCUCAAGUUCUACAGACCCCUCCAGUUAUGAUGGAUUUGGACCCUUUAUGCCAGGUUUUGAAUUGAUCCCAUACAACGACCUCCCAGCUCUCGAGCGGGCACUUCAGGAUCCCAACGUAGCAGCUUUCAUGGUUGAACCGAUUCAAGGUGAAGCAGGUGUGAUCGUUCCUGACAAAGGUUACCUUACAGGAGUACGGGACCUCUGCACAAAGCACAACGUUCUGUUUAUUGCUGAUGAAAUACAGACUGGAUUAGCCAGAACAGGGAAAAUGCUAGCUGUUGACCACGAAAAUGUGAGACCUGAUAUAAUUCUUCUUGGAAAGGCACUUUCUGGUGGCUUAUAUCCUGUCUCAGCAGUAUUAUGCGAUGAUGAAGUUAUGCUGACUAUUAAGCCUGGUGAACAUGGAUCUACGUAUGGAGGAAAUCCCCUAGCUUGUCGUGUUGCACUGGCAGCAUUGGAGGUAAUUGAAGAGGAAGGCCUGGUUAAAAAUGCAGAAAUAAUGGGUAACAUACUAAGAAAUGAGCUCAUGAAGACACCAUCUGACAUUGUAACGUGUGUCAGAGGAAGAGGACUUUUAAAUGCAAUUGUGAUUCGGGAAACCAAAGACUACGAUGCCUGGAAGGUGUGUCUGCGGCUGCGUGAUAACGGGCUCCUUGCCAAACCCACACAUGGUGAUAUCAUCCGGCUGGCCCCACCACUGGUCAUUAAGGAGGACGAAAUCAGAGAGUGCAUCGAAAUCAUUCAUAAGACCAUUCUGUCUUUCUGAACACGUGGCUUUUAAUGUACGUCUGUUGGCUGACCCGAGGUGAUCUGUUGAAAUGUGUGCGACGGAGGCCUUGCUCGUCAUGCAAACACCUUUAAUUCAUUUCGUCUAAGAGGACUUCACUCUUUAAAAUAAACAAUAAAAAGGGUGGGGAAAAAAAUAUCAAUGUCCUUAAAUGAACAUGGCUCUAAAGAGUACAAAUAACUAUUUCAAAGAGUUCCCAAUCUUGGAGUACUUGGAAAUGAAAUGGCGAGGUUCUGUUUGCCUAGUUGGUGCUUACUGAACUGCUAAAUCAGAGUAUUUGAGGGGAGAUGUUCAUAGAAAUCUGUUUAAUUCUUGAAAAUCUUGGCCAAAGUUCAACAUAUAAAUUGAUAUAUAUUUGAGUAAGGGUGGUCUCAUAGAACUGACCAGUCUGAUGUAGUAGUCUCUCUCUCUCUCUCACAUCUGGCAUUUUUUCUCCUGGUGUAAUGUCUGAUGUGUGGAAGCACUUGCAGUUAUGGCUGAAUUUCUGUUUCUCAUUUGUAGACUUAAAAAAAAAAAAAUUCUGUAGGUUUGACAGACCAGUUGUUAUACUGGUGUACAAGCAUCAGGCUGUGUUCUGUGUGUAAAGUAUUUUGAUUGUAUAACAAGCGUUGCUAUUUUCUAGGCUGGUCUCAGUGUUUGGCUUUGCAGCCUUGUAAAAUAGAUCUGAGUAUACAGAUCUGUUUUCACUGUUAUAAAACUUUCUAUAAUCUGAAUGUUUAUAUUAAAACAUGCCUUGCAUUAAAAAGAAUGUGCAAUUUAAAUCUGCAAAGUAUUAAAAACAGCAAGCCUCACAGAAACUUGUGGUUGCCUCUGUCCAGUGCCACAUCAAGCUCUACCUUUUGCUGCAUUUCUCUCUGUCGUGAUAUGGAAGCUUUUGCUGUACUUUUUAUCCAGGAUGAGUACUUCUGUGUUUCUGUGCCUCUUGGAUCCCCAACAUUUGUGCAGCUGCAGAGCUGGCUACUAUUCUUACACUAAGUUGUUUUUUGUGUUUAUUACCUAACAGAGCUGGUUUUAGCUGAGGCUAAACCCCGAUUAAUAACUGUUUAAGCAAAAUGGUGCUUUUGCCAAGCAUAGGGGUUAAAUAUUGUCACAUAUUGGUAAUUGGAUGUGGUAAGCAAUUCUAUUUUAAUUUCAAUAAUAUUUUAAAGGCAACAGAGUAUAUAAGAGUGAACUAAUCUGCAGUUUAACAUCACAGCAUAGAUGAGUGUCUACCUUACUUUGUACAUGGAUGAAAUAAGGCUUGCUCAGUUUGGAAAGGCCUCAUUUUUGCAAGGGAUAGUGUGUCAUCGUGGGUGUUACUCUUAGGGAUAAGAAUAAAAGUGCAGAAAGGUGCUGCCUAGGAAAGCUUGCACUUCUGUCAGCUGUUUUUUGCCCUUUUAAAAAAUUUCUGUAAUAAGCAAUAAUAACCUGCAUGUAAAAUUU